AUGUCAAAAAAUCAGCAUCCUUAUCUAAAAUCAAAUCAAUUUCAAAAAAUUUAUCAGUCUUGGGUAUCAAGUCUAUUACAAUUAGGACGUAAACGACCACUUGAAAUUGAUGAUGUAUUUGAUAUUUUACCUGAUGAUCAAAGUCAACCUUGGAUUGAUCGUCUUGAAAAAACAUGGGAAAAUGAAAUAGCACUUGCUAAGAAAUCUGACAAGAAAAAACAUAAACCAUCAUUAUUUCGGGCAACUUGGAAAGUCUACAGAAAUCGAUAUUGUAUUAUGGGCUUAUUUCUGUUGGUUCAUACCAUAUGUCGUUUUAUUCAACCAUUUAUAUUAGCACGUUUUAUUCGAUAUUUUGCACCAUGUUCAAAUAUAUCAUUAACUGAAGCAAUAAUAUUAGCUACAUUAACAAGUAUCAUUCCUUGGAUUAUGUUUGUAACUCGUCAUUUAGCAUUUAUUAGAUCUUUUAUUGGUGGUAUGCAUCUUCGAUGUGCAUAUUGUGGACUUAUAUUUCGUAAGAUUAUGAGAUUAUCCAUAGGAUCAUUAGGACAACAUUCAAGUGGAAAAAUUGUGAAUAUGUUAACAAAUGAUGUUCAAACAGUUGAACGUUUAACUAUUGAUGGUAAUUUUCUUUGGAUUGGUUUACUUGAAACAAUUGUUGUACUUAUUAUUCUUUGGUCUUAUGUUGGUAUUACAAUUUUAUUAGCUAUUAUUUAUACAUGUUUUAUUAUUAUUUUACAAAUUAUUUGUGGAAAAUGUAUUCAAUUAAUAUGGACAAAACGUGUUCGAAAAACAGAUUUACGUAUUAAAUUAAUGAAUGAAAUUAUUAAAUCAAUACAUCUUGUAAAGAUGUAUGUAUGGGAAAGACCAUUUCAAUUUAAAGUUGAACGUGUAAGAAAACAAGAAACAACAUAUGUUAUUUUACAAUCACUUGUAGAUACAAUAAAAAUUGUUAAUGGACUUACAUAUCCAUCAACAUUUUUUUUAAUUAUUUUUGGUAUUCUUUGGUAUCGAAGAGCACCUUUUGAUACUGACUUUUUUACAAUAGCAUUUGUUUUAAUUUCCUAUCUUCGUCAUACAUAUUUACAUAAUUUUUCUAAUGCUUGUAUACAUCUAUCUCAAUAUUGGGUAGCAUCAAAUCGUAUUGAAAAAUUUUUAAUAUGUGAUGAAUAUGAUCGAUCGAAUGCAAUUACUUAUGAGAAUGAAAAAACUGAUAAAACAUAUAUUAAUGUUCAACAAGUUUCAUCAAGUUGGGAGAGUUCAUUAUUAAUGACAUUACUUGGUGAAAUGCCAAUAAAAAAUGGAAAAAUUUCUUUUAGUCGAAAAUCACGUCUUUGUUAUGUAUCACAAGAACCAUGGAUAUUUUCGGGUACAAUUAGAGAAAAUAUUCUAUUUGGUCUUGAUUAUGAUGUAAAAAAAUUUUAUCGAUGUAUUCAUGCAACAGCAUUGAAUAUUGAUUUAGAAAAUUUACCAUAUGGUGAUUCAACUAUAGUUGGAGAUAAUGGAAUUAUUUUAUCAGGUGGACAAAAAGCUCGAUUAUCAUUAGCACGAGCACUUUAUCGUGAUGAUGAUAUUUAUUUACUUGAUGAUCCAUUAUCAGCUGUUGAUGUUGAAGUUGCUCGACAUAUUUUUGAAAAAUGUAUUCUUGGAAAAUUACAUUCAAAAAUUUGUAUUUUAGUAACACAUCAAAUUCAAUUUCUUAAAUAUGCAACAAAAAUUAUAUUUCUUGAUAAAGGUGUUCAAAUAGCUACUGGAACUUUUAUGGAAUUAUUACAAUCAUGUCCAGCAUUCAUACAAUGGACAGAAACAACAACUCGUAAAUUACGUGUAGAUUCGUCGUCGGCAAAUACUUCAUCUAGUCAAUUAAAUCUAUCUUCUGUACCAGAAUAUCUAACACAAUUUUCAUUAUUACCAACGGAUGCAGGAUAUGAUGAAGAAGAUAAUUUAUUAAUACCAUCAAUUGAUAAGCCUAUACAAAAAGAAAUCAUUGAAUCAAAACGAAUUGGUUCUAUUAAUAUAAAUAUAUUUCUACGUUAUAUACGAGCUGGUGGUUGUGGAAUAUUUGGUUUAUUAUGUCUUUUUAUUAUGUUUGCUGUAACAAGUGUAGUUGUUUUACUUGCUCAUUGGUGGCUUGGUCGUUGGUCUAAUGCCGAAGGUAUUCGUUAUAGAUCAAUAAAUACAGCGAAUAAUUGUUCAUCAAUGAAAAUAUCACCGAUUACUAAUAUGUCAAAUGAAGAAUGGUUUAAACAAAGAGAUAAAUAUUUUUAUAUUUUAUUUGGAUUAUGUUUAUUAAGUAUUAUAUUAUUAUUUAUACGAACUCUGGCUUAUUUUCUUUCAUGUCAUAUAACAGCUCGAUCACUUCAUAAUCAAAUGUUUAAUUCAUUACUUCGUGCACCAGUAUUUUUCUUUGAUUCAAAUCCUAUUGGUCGUGUUGUUAAUCGUUUUUCAAAAGAUAUUUCAUCUAUUGAUGAACAAUUAUCUGAUGUUACAUAUAAUUUUGUUGAUGCAUUUUUUGCUAUAACUUCAACAGUUAUAUUUAUUGCAUCUCUACAACCAUUAUCACUUAUUUCAAUGGCAUUAGUUGGAUUUGUUAUGGCACGAGUACGUCGACUUUUUGCACCAGCUAUACAAGAUAUUAAACGACUUGAAAGUUUAACUCGAUCACCAAUUUAUUCUCAUUUAUCAUCAUCAAUACAAGGUGUAAUUAUGAUUCGUUCUUAUGGAGCACAACAAAUAUGUAUACAAGAAUUUUCUCAUUGUCUUGAUGAACAUACACGAGUAUAUAGUAUUAUGCUUGCCAUGACUCGUUGGUCAGCUUUGAGAAUAGAAAGUGUUGUAGCAGCUUUUGUUGGUUUUCUAGUUUUUUCAAUUUUACUUACAUAUCAAAGUUUACCUAUUUCUGAUUUAAGUUUAAUUUUGGCUUAUUCAUUUACAUUAGUUGGUGCUAUUCAAUGGGUUAUUCGACUGACUGUUGAUGUUAUGAUGCAGAUGACAAGUGCUGAACGUGUUAUUGAAUAUAUUGAUUUACAACCUGAAGAAUCAUCAAAUAUUAAAAAUUUAAAAAGUUUACCAUCUCAUUGGCCAAUAGGUGGUAUUAUUUUUGAUAAUCUUUCAUUUCGUUAUUCAUCAACAAGUCCAUGGGUACUUAAAAAUUUAAAUAUUUCGAUUCAACCAAAAGAAAAAAUUGGUAUUGUUGGUCGAACAGGUGCUGGAAAAAGUUCACUUAUUGGAUCAUUAUUUCGUAUGGCAGAAUUAGAUGGUCGAAUAUUAAUUGAUAAUAUUGAUACACAACAAAUUUUAUUAUAUGAUCUUCGACGACAUAUUUCAAUUAUACCACAAGAUCCUGUUUUAUUCAAUGAUACACUUCGAAUUAAUCUUGAUCCAUUUGGUGAAUAUUCUGAUAUUGAAAUUUGGAAUGCACUUGAUGAAGUACAAUUAAAAUCUGAUAUGAUUGAUGGUUUACAACAACAAGUAACUGAAGGUGGAUCAAAUUUUAGUGUUGGUCAACGACAAUUAAUUUGUUUAGCACGAGCACUUCUUAGAAAAAAUAAAAUACUUGUUAUUGAUGAAGCUACAGCAAAUGUUGAUCAUAGAACUGAUGAACUUAUUCAAUUAGCUAUUCGACGUAAAUUUAUUAAUUGUACUGUAUUAACAAUUGCUCAUAGAUUACGAACAAUCAUUGAUAGUGAUAAAAUUUUGGUUUUAUCUCAUGGUCAAGUUAUGGAAUUUGCAAGUCCUUAUGAAUUGUUAAGUGAUGAACAAUCAUAUUUUGCACAACUAGUCUCUCAAACUGGUGAUCGUGAAACUUCACAUUUAAUUCAACAAGCUAAAACGGCUGCAAUGGCUCGUCAUUCACAAUAA